ACAGUCCAGGAGCCUAAGAUAAUCCAGGCACCAGUGACAGUCCAGGAACCCAUGAUAAUCCAGGCACCAGUGACAGUCCAGGAACCCAUGAUAAUCCAGGCACCAGAGACAGCCCAGGAACCCAAGAUAAUCCAGGCACCAGUGACAGCCCAGGAGCCCAAGAUAAUCCAAGCACCAGAGACAGUCCAGGAGCCCAAGAUAGUCCAGGUACCAGAGACAGUCCAGGAGCCUAAGAUAAUCCAGGCACCAGAGACAGCCCAGGAACCCAUGAUAAUCCAGGCACCAGUGACAGUCCAGGAACCCAUGCUAAUCCAGGCACCAGAGACAGCCCAGGAUCCCAAGAUAAUCCAGGCACCAGUGACGGUCCAGGAGCCCAAGAUAAUCCAGGCACCAGAGACAGUCCAGGAACCCAUGAUAAUCCAGGCACCAGAGACAGCCCAGGAUCCCAAGAUAAUCCAGGCACCAGAGACAGCCCAGGAGCCCAAGAUAAUCCAGGCACCAGUGACAGUCCAGGAUCCCAAGAUAAUCCAGGCACCAGAGACAGUCCAGGAUCCCAAGAUAAUCCAGGCACCAGUGGCAGUCCAGGAGCCCAAGAUAAUCCAGGCACCAGAGACAGUCCAGGAACCCAUGAUAAUCCAGGCACCAGAGACAGCCCAGGAGCCCAAGAUAAUCCAGGCACCAGUGACAGUCCAGGAACCCAUGAUAAUCCAGGCACCAGUGACAGUCCAGGAACCCAUGAUAAUCCAGGCACCAGUGACAGUCCAGGCACCAGAGUCAGCCCAGGAUCCCAAGAUAAUCCAGGCACCAGAGACAGCCCAGGAUCCCAAGAUAAUCCAGGCACCAGUGACAGUCCAGGAGCCCAAGAUAAUCCAGGCACCAGUGACAGUCCAGGAACCCAUGAUAAUCCAGGCACCAGAGACAGCCCAGGAUCCCAAGAUAAUCCAGGCACCAGUGACAGUCCAAGAGGGAAGAAAAAAGACAUCCAGGGAGCCUGAAACACCCCAGUGCUUAGAGAAAUGUUCAGUCAUGGGCAGGUUACAGAGGUUAAUGCGAACUUCAGGAUGGUCCAAUACUUCGUGCGGAAUAAAAGCAAUAGAUGGAACCUUGGACAAACACAGUAUUCUGUCAUUGAUAAGGAUAUUCUUAAAAUUCUCAGUCCUCCAGACUUGCUGUUUGCUGGUGGUAGACGGUUCUACUAUACCUUUUCAGAUGCAUUAUUUAGUGAAAGUCAGUAAUAAAAUAUCUGAUUCUGGUAAUAAACGUGUUCGUAUUUUUUGUUUCUUUCAGAGGUCUACUUCAUGCGAAGCUUAACAUUUUGUCUUUUAGGAUGGUAAAUUACUCCAAUAUCCUCCAUUAUUAAGCUACUAAACACAGGAGGGUAUUCUGGGCAUAAUGUUAUUCUGGAUACUCCUGUUACACAAAUGACAUACUGUAUGUUGGAGAUGCUAGUUGGGAAUCCCACAUGUAUCACGGAAACAUACUCCACUCUAGUAAACAUAUUAGAAAGUUUGCCAGUUACUUGGCAUUGAUCAGAACUUCACAAUUUAUAAAACAAUGUAUUGAUGUAUGCAAAUGAAUUCCGUUUAUUAGACAUUAAACACCUUACCCUUUCCUUAAUAUCUGAUAAAAAUCAACGAUUUCUGUAAAUAAUAGUUGAAAUUGUUGUCCUGUUACACCUUGAAGAAAAUUUUUGUUUAACGCAUUAUAUUAAUAUUUCGGUACUUGAAUUAUACUUUUAUGGACAAAAUUAAUUAUUUCAUCAUCAAAACACCACUGAGAAUCUUUUAAC